GAUUUAACAAUCUUAGCUACCUCCUUACACAAAUAUAUAGAAAUCAAUUCUUUCAUUUCUAAUAUAUCUAGCGACCAAGUGGGAGGAUAGUGAUUAAUUUGAGACAAAGAUUUUUUAUUUCGUAUAAAACUCAUAUAGUAUAGGUUCAUCAUGAUACAUAUUGACAAGUGUUGUUUUUGCUUACCGCUGCGAACCUGGUGUCUGAUCCUGGGAUAUUUACACCUGAUAGGGUCAAUAAUCCAAGCGGUGGUGAUUAUAAUGUCACUUCCACCCAUUUCUUCCCUGGCCGACAUUGAAGGCAAGCUAGGGAUUGAGCACAAAGACGUAAACGGAGCGAUAGCUAUCUCCCUCAUUAACCUUCAAAUAGUUCUUUUCUUCUUUGCCUUCGCCAUAGUCCUGGUUGUUGGGUUACAUAAGGAGUACCGCGGUCACGUGAAAGCGUACCUGAUAUACUACCUGAUGUUCCUCCUGCUGUACACAAUCAUGUACGUCGUGAGUCUGGCCACGCAGGCCUUGGACUGGGGCUACACCAUCGGCACUUCAUUACAAAUAUUGCUCGGCGUGUAUUUCCUCCUUGUCGUUCACAGUCACUGGGUCAACACGGCUGCCGGUAACUUACACGGAAACAAACCUGCGACUUUCCACCCUUAAAAACUUAAAAUUCGAUGUACAAAGUACAAAAUAUAAAAUUGUUAAAUUUCAAUGUGAAUUUUUAGAAUUAAAUGUAUGUGUUUAUAAGUUAGCGUGUGUUUUUAAUAAAAUAAAUUUUAUAUUUUACUAAAAA